GGCUGGCACACGACAUAAGAGGUCGUCGAGGCUAAUCUGGGCCGAGUUUGCUGGUAUUCUGCAGAGUGGGGUUGUGGCAGCAAGUCUGGGCUCUUGUAUGAUAGAGGGUGUGAGGCUAGUCUGGACACAGGCCUCCUUGGCGUACUACGGCGUGAGAAGCUAGUCUGGGCUCGGCUUUAGCAUACUACGGCGUGAGGCUAGACUGGAUAGUGGCCCUCUGGUAUACUACGAGGUGAGGUUGUGGAGGCCAGUCUGGACUUGUCUCUGUCGUACUACAAAGUGAGGCAGUGGAAGAACGUUUGUACUGUGCUCUCUGGCCCCGAGAGUGAGGUUAGUCUCGGCUGGGCUCUCUGGAACGCCCUCGUAUGUGCCCACUCUGCCUCGUGUGUACUUGCUGUCCUCCAGGCUCUUGUACCAUUGGCAUCCUCUUUAAUGAGAUAAUGACUUCAUGAUUCAGCACAAUGUCUCCUCUGAUUGAAGUCACAAACACAGUUGGCCAGGGCUCCAUUCCAGACAGUCCAUGUACCAACUCACUGAGGAAAUCUAGUGUCAAGAGUUCUAGAGGUGAUCCUAAGUUCGCAUAUGUUUAUGGCCCAGGGGAAACUGACAAAACGGGGUCAGUUAAAAGUUUUAAGCUAAAAAGAGAAGUAGUGGCAAUAAAAAUGUGCAAUACUCAGAUGUCAGGCCCAGUUGGCAGUGCUUCCAGCUGCCAGCAAUCUGCAAUAACCAACCUCUAUCCUUGUGUAACAAGUCCAAUGCGUGUACCUCCACUACCACAAAGUACAGAUGUUUUACUGUCUCAAGCUGUUCAGGCCCUUAGUCUUGGCCCACUUAGUGCACAACCACGGUUACGUACCCGUAGACGUUUCAGUAGACAUCAUAAAGGAAAUAUUCAGCAUAGUGAAGUGAAUAACAGAAAGUUGGUAUCCAGUUGUGAUGGUGUUCCUGAACCUUCGGGUGGUAGUGCUACUAAGAGUGCCCCCCAACAGUGUGGCGCAUGUGGAUUAGAAUUCACUUCCCUGCCAAUUUUGACACAACAUUUGGCUCGUCACGUAUACGAUGGAUUGUAUGCUGCGCAGUGGUUAACUCAGGCAAUGGGUCUGGUUCUUACUAGGCAUGACACAUUGGAAUCAGUACCCAACAUUCAGGAUGACCAUGAAAGUGAGUUGUUAUCUUCUUGUUCACCAGAUUGACCCGCCCUGCCUGGGUGCUGCAUGUCAUUGGAGGAUCCUCAUGAGCUUGGUCUUUCCAGUGUAGAGUUAGAGUAAAUGUGAUUUAUGAUGAGUUUAUAUUUUACAGUGAUUGUCAUGACAUUUCAUUAAUGAAAAGAGGUAUGUAUGUUAUAUCAAAGUAGUGAUGUAUUUUAGUGUUUUGAGAAAUAUGGAUUUUGACAAUAUUUUCCUUACUAAGCAUAUACAGUAGUUAAAUUUUUUAGCCUUCAUUCCAGACAUGAAUUUAUAUAGUAAUAAAAUAAUUAAGUGCAAUACAGUACUCUUAAUAUGUAUUUGUUGAAGGUUCCAGAUCUGACAAUUCCAGAAUUGAAAUAUUUAUAACUGGUAACUGGUAUGUGUUAAUACCAUACAUACCAGUCGAUGCAUUAUUUGUAAUUUUUUUUGUUUUGUUUUGUUUUUGGCUGUUUUAUUAUUUGCACCAGGUUUUUAAUGUUGUAGUCGUAGCGGCACUUUGUUUAUAUCUGUACUCCUAGUCUUUAUUUACUUAUUUAUACCUAUUACUUUUAAAACUACAGCAAGAUUUCCUUAGUUACUGUAUUUUAUUUUUCUUGAUGUUAGAUGUACCUCUAGAUAAGACUUCAUCUUCUGAGCUUUUUUCACCUCGGCAGGUAAUUUUGUACGUGUGAACGUUUUCUUUUGUAUCUUGUAGUUGUUGUUGUUAUUGUGAUUCCUACCGAUUUUACUUUGGCUUUCGGUGAAGUUUAUUCUAGAUUUAAACUGCUCUGUCGUCAAAAUCCCAAGUAAUGUGCGUCUUGCAUGUUACAUACCACUGACGACACAAUACUGUAGUGAAGAACUGUGCCAGUCUUACUUUAAGCUGUGGUUUUAUUUCUGUUUUGGUACACUGAGAGCGAGCCUAUACCUUGCAUUAGCUGUAAGAGAAGUGGCAAACCAGUAAAUUCCAGAUUCAUGGAUUGCAUUGCCACUUUUUUUCUGAAAUUUAUGGUCUGAAUACAGUUAUUUAAAUGACUUUAGAACUUCAGAUGAUUACAUUUAGAAUUGUAGGUGAUAGUCCUAUCACAAAAUAAGCCCUGUGAUGUGUGCAUUUAGUUAAAUUGUUAUCAUACAGUUUAUUAUUUCUCUUAUUGCUUUUUCUGAAAUAAAUGAAAGGAAUGAACAAAUCCACAAGGGCCGUGACGAGGAUUCGAACCUGCGUCCAAGAGCAUCCCAGACGCUGCCUGUCAUAGCUCGGUCGAUUAAGGCAGCAUCUGGGAUGCUUUCGGAUGCAGGUACGAAUCCUCAUCAUGGCCCUUGUGGAUUUGUUCAUUUAAAUGAAAGGACAUUGGCAACUGAAGAAUCAGAAUUGUACUCAAAUUUAGGGUGUUAAUACUAUUAUUUGAUUACAAAAUAUGCAUUUACAUCAAACUCCAACUUAUUUGGGUACUGAUUUAAAAAAAAAAAAAAAAGAGGGGGCCAUCAAUAAUCAUUGAACACAAAUACUGUAUUGCUAAUGUCAUGUUAAUACAAAACAAAGGUCAUACUAUAACUGAACAUCAUGGUUUAUAGUUUUCUCAUCAAAUAAUACAUUAGUGUUUUCUAGACACCCAAAAGGCACAUAUUUGAAAAUGGAGACCUGCGGAUGUUUCGUUCUUUCCUGGACCAUUAUCAAGUCAUUUACAUGACUAAUCUUCAGCCAUGUUCUUUUGACUCGUCAUCUGCAAUAGUGUUUUCUGUUGACCAGACCACAUACUAGAAAGUGAAGAGAUGACAACGUUUCAAUCCAUCCUGGACCAUUCUCAAGUCGAUUGUGAAUGGUCCAGGACGGACCGAAACGUCGUCGUCUCUUCACUUUCUAGUGUGUGGUUUGGUCAACAUAUUUCAGCCUCAUUAUUGUGACUCCUUGUCUGCAAUAGUGUUCUCUGUUUCAAUAACUUCUCUAAAUUUCUUAUCACUGUCAUAGUCUAGUGUUGAUGCACUCUCAAACAUAUACAUAACUUCCUUUGGUACACAAGUUUCACUCUACAACUUUGUAAGCAAUGUCCUUAUGUCAAGGUGUGGAAAUCUGGAUUCUUAAUCACUCUGUUGAAACUUCAGAUGAUAGUAACAAGUUUGUCACAUUCCCUCUUAAAUGUAAAUUCUGUACACUGUUUUACAUCUUCCUCAGUAUGUCUAUCAGUUUACUUUUACCACAUGAGCAGUAAUUUUUUUUCCCCAUGAACCUGUGCUUGUAACAGGCAUUUUCCCAUAUCUUUUAAAUCAUAUUCAGUAUAUUACAGACAGCAGACAAGGUUAUGUAACAGAUGUAUGUUACUAAGUUACUGCAUAUAUAUAUAGGAAACAUUAAUAUAGUGGAAGACCAUUGAAACAAUAUGAGUUACUUGCACAUUUCUUAGCCUUUUGAUGCACAGAUAAUCUGAUCACAAAUAAUUCAGAGUUUGCUGUUUACUAUGCAUAUGAAGUCACAAAAGUCUUUUCUUAAUGAUUCAGUUUUUUAACAGGAAUAUUCAGGUUGUGUGUGUUUGUGUUGUAACUGUGAAAUUGAGUAUUUACCUUGCACUUUCACUGUGUAUUUUAAAAUAACUUGCUAAAUUACCAGCCACAGUCAAAAUGCCAGUUGUGUGGUACAGUGAAUGGUGUGCGUGUCACUCAGUCGAUUAGACAUUGUUGGGUCUGGCUAGAAACUGGUUGGGUGACUGCAGAGGCAGCCUUGUCCUGGGGUUAGAGGAUCUUGAUAAACAUAACAGGGUUCCUGUCCCCAAAAGUUGGAAACCAAACCAAAUUUUUUGCCAUGAAACUGACAUAACAAAUAAAAUAUACUGUACCAGUAUCUUGCAUAACCACUAUUAAAGCAACUGCUUUUGGCAGCUUCUAGAUUUAUUUUCAUGACUCCAGCAGCCAGGUGACCUCACCUAGCUGCUCGCUUUGCUGGAAGACAGACGAGUUCGGGGAGACAUGAUCACCCCAUACAAAAUUCUCAGGGGAAUUGACAGGGUAGAUAAGGAUGGAUUAUUUAACAUGCGUGGUACACACACAAGGGGACACAGGU